CUUUUAGGACCAUUGUGGGUUUUUAUGUAUUUAUUUAUUUUUGCAUUGUGACAUUAUCAUAUUGGGAACUGAGAGAAAUGUGUUUGAUUGUCAUGAAAACAAUGCACAAAAAUGCACAUUCCUAAAGUGGAAAAAACAUGUAUAAAUUUGUUGCAGUGCUUUUCAUUUACACAAAUUAUAUAUAUAUAUAUAUAUAUAUAUAUAUAUAUAAAUAUAUAUAUAGGAAUGUAAAAAUAUAAGAAUUUAUUUAUGAAAAUAAUGACAAAAAUGCUUGAAAUGACCCUGGUCAACAGUCCUAGCUCUUAUGUAAUUUUUUUUUUUUUUUUUUUUUUUUUUUGAGUAAGCAAUUUUAAUUCAGUCUUUUGAGUGUUUUUUUUUUUUUUCUGUCUACUAAAAUGAAUUACACAAUAUUUGAAACGUAUUUGAGGAACAGCAGCAGAUGUUUGCAGAAUGAAUGUCUCUUUUGUUUUUUUUGUCAAAAUAGGAAACUGCAUUUCAGGAAGUGGUAAACCAAGUUUACCGUCACAGUUAUUUCUCAAUAUGUGUUCUCAAUAUAUGUUUUGGAAUAUCCUGAAUGACUACAAUGCAACUUUGAUGUCAUGAAACUAGUUACCAUCAUCUGAAGUUGAAUGGUUAAAAUGGGCGUGGAUUCUCACAUUUACAUUUUGUGCAAAUGACCACUAUCAACAACUGCCCUGCCUUCAAUACAGUACAGUGUAUUAGUAUAAAAUAUACCAACUACUUGGUACAAACCGAGUGUCACUUUUGUGAUGUUGUUCAGAUGUCCUGGUUAUGUGGACUUAGCACUUUGCCCUUAAUAUCUCCACCCUCAUCCUGGUCUCAUGCUUGCCUUUUAAUCAGAGUUUAAAAAAAAAAAAACUGCCUUCAGCUGUUUCAGUGGGACUGUUUGGGUCUUUUUCCCUUUGUGAGUCAGCCAGUGUCCCACCAGCAUGUAGCCACGUCCCCUCACCCACUCUCUUAAUAAAAAAUUUAACUUUUUUCCUGAAACCCAUCACCGUGUUAGGUAUUUUUAAAACUAAAAGGAGUCAGUUAAACCUUAUUUACAAAUCUGAUAAGUGAUAAAAUCCCGAUAAAGCUGCUUUACGAUGUUCUAGAGUGGAUUCAGCGCGUCUCCAGUGCGUAAUUGUGGAAACUUUGAACCGCCCCCAAAAUCUGCCGGUGCUCUACCAAGCUGCGCUCCGCCUGUGCUCUUUCUGUAAAAGCUUCUUAAUCAAAAUUCUCGAUAAAUGAUGAGAACGUAAAAAGGACAGUUUCACAUGUGAAAGAUAUACUUUCAACAAUCUCUGAGAAUGUCACUGCGAACCAGGGCAGGAUUUUAUCGCCAGGACAUAAACAGAACCGUUUGGGACGUGCCGGAGAGAUACAGAGAUCUUAUUCAGAUAGGAACCGGAGCAUAUGGAACGGUCUGUUCAGCCAUUGAUCGUAAGACAGGAGUGCGUGUGGCCAUCAAGAAACUCCACCGGCCAUUCCAGUCCAAACUAUUCGCCAAACGCGCUUACAGAGAGCUACGACUCCUCAAGCACAUGAAACAUGAGAAUGUUAUUGGGCUACUGGAUGUCUUUACCUCAGAAAUCUUGUUGGACAGAUUUCAGGAUUUUUACCUGGUGAUGCCUUUUAUGGGUACUGAUCUGGCAAAGCUGAUGAAGAUGGAGAGACUAUCAGAGGACAGAGUGCAGUUUCUGGUCUAUCAGAUACUAAGGGGUCUCAAGUACAUUCAUUCAGCCGGGAUCAUUCACAGGGAUCUCAAACCAGGAAAUCUGGCAGUGAACCAGGACUGUGAGCUGAAGAUCCUGGACUUUGGACUUGCACGUCAGGCAGAUUCAGAAAUGACGGGUUAUGUGGUGACUCGAUGGUACAGAGCACCGGAGGUUAUCCUCAACUGGAUGCAUUACUCACAAACAGUUGAUAUCUGGUCAGUGGGCUGCAUCAUGGCGGAGAUGUUGCUCGGAAGGCCACUUUUUAAAGGAAAUGACCACUUGGACCAGCUAAGAGAGAUCAUGAAAAUCACAGGAACACCAGCACCAGAUUUUAUAAUGAAGCUACAAAGCCAAGAUGCCAAAAACUACAUCAGAGCUCUACCUAAAGUACCAAAGAAAGACUUAAACACUAUUUUCUUCAAAGCCAGCACAGAGGCGGUGAGUGUCCUGGAGCAGAUGCUUGUUCUGGAUCCAGACAAACGUGUGAGUGCUGCAGAGGCGCUUGAGCUCCCCCUGUUUACAGAGUUCAGAGAACCCGAGGAAGAGACGGAGGCCCUGCCGUAUGACCACUCCAUGGACAACACAGAACUGCCUCUGGAGCAAUGGAAACGUCACACUUUUACAGAGAUCCUGUCUUUCCAGCCACCUGUCACAGAGAUCAAAGACUCCAAAGAAACAUCCCUCUGAAAGAUAUUGCAGAUACUGUAUUUCAGUAUGUCAUUGAUAUGCAUAAAUGUGUGACAAAGAGAGAGAGAACAGAAAAUGGAAUGAAUGUAAUCUGUAUGACUUUGUAAGUAAGUGAAUGUGAGUUUGUCACAAUGUUGCUCAGUUAUAAGACUCCAUGACGUUAUAAUGUUAUGUGAAUUAUCUUUCUUAAACGAUUUGAAUAUGCAAAAUCCAUGUUUUACCUGCAACCAAAAGCAGCCCAAAAAAACAUUGUAUUUGAAUGCUAGUCUUAAUGAUUUCAGUGUGCCAGUAGACAAUAUAUUUACUUUACCUAUCAGUUCUUAUUUAAUUUAUUAAAUAAUGCAAUAGUUUACCAUGGUUAGCACAUUUAACAAAUUUUUUUUAUUAUUAAUGAAUAAAACCAUCUUAACGAA